AUUUGCCAGUGCAAUGUGACUGUGUAGCUUCUGCAAGGUCUGUGCUAUUGAACUUGUCUACCUUUGGUAAGGGUUUAACACAGCCAGGUUUUGGUAAUUGUUUUCCACAGGCUGAAAUAAAAUCAUCUCCUAUUUCAUCAUUUCAUCAUGUCACAUGUUACUUCUGGCGCUUGACCAAAAACCUACAGGCAACAUGCUCAGAGUCAACUUUUGUUUUUUAUGCUCAGCAAAGUCAGUUAUUUGCUUUGGUUGUGCUUCCAUGACACGGGGCUCCCAAACUGGCUGGUUGUGUGAAGUUCAUUCUGUUGGUAGGUGCUGGUGGAACAGCAAUGUCCUGCUGCAAUGGGAGGUGGAUCUGAACUCGUGUGUCUGCUGAAAGGCACUUGUGUGCAAGGCUCAGCUACGUUUUCAUUCCUCUUUCCUGUCUUUGGCUUUCAACAGAAAUGUCCUGCAGGGUUUUUACAGCUCAUCCAGACCUUUACAUCUACUUUGAUAGUUGCCUGUAGUCUCUCAAGCAAUGACCAGCACUGGCAUUUCUUCCCAGGCACAGAGCAGGACACAAACCUCUUUCCCACAAAGUUACUGCCUCACUGCUGAGUUGUGCUCACACAGCACCACUGCACAGGUGCAGAACUUGAUCUUGGAGCUGAAGGGGCUUUUUCUUUCUUCUCUCAGAUUUCCUUUGGACUCUUUGACAGGCUCAUGCAGAGCUUCAUAAAGAAUACAGGCAAAUAAAGGAUCAGAUGAUAAAUCAGGAGAUUAGCAUCAUAUCAGAAGUAAGGCAAUCUCUGGUGCUUAGUCUCAUGCAAGUGGCAUUUGGCAGCUUAAGAGGUAAAUUCUUGCUGGUUUCAUGACAUGACUCUUUACUUGUAUAUCUUUACUUGUAUAUCUUGAAGACCUGGGAGUGGCUACCAGCUUGUCCUUGCCAUGAGGGUGGAGCCACCCAGCCCUUAUUUUAUACCAGUUCACUUUACGUGUAAUGAGGAGCAAAAUCCCAACAAGCCUACCAGCUCAGAGCAGGGAAUAAUUAACUAGAAGGUGAUAAUGAAGAAGCACACGUCACCAGAUAAACCCAACUGCUUCCUUCAAAAGCACGUUCAAGCUCCAGCCUGAAGGAGAAGUCUCAUUCGGUCCCUACUGACCACAGGAACAUGACUUCACAGCUUUGCUGGGCCUGGGUUUUUAUUCUUCUCCUGCCUGGCCUCACGGACGGAGGGAAACUCCUGGUGGUGCCCAUGGAUGGAAGCCACUGGCUCAGCAUGCAGCAAAUGGUUGAAAAACUUGCCAAGAGAGGCCACGAAGUGGUGGUGGUGAUGCCAGACGUCAGCUGGAGGAUGGGAGCAGCACAGGAGUACACGGUGAAAACAUUCCCAGUGUCCUACACACUAGAAGAGCUGGAUCAUGCCUUCAGUAUAUUCUAUGAGGCUCACCUGAAGCAAGACCCUUUCCCACUGAACAUUCUAAAACUGCAGGAGAGUGCAAAUGAGAUGUUCAGUUUAUUUUCAACUCAGUGCAAGGACCUGUUCAACAACAAGGAGAUCAUGCAGUACUUGAAUCAAAGCAGCUUUGAUGCUGUCCUGACAGACCCCAUCAUUCUGUGUGGAGCAACCCUGGCCAAUUAUUUGUCUCUUCCCGUUGUGUUCUACGUGAGAGGACUUCCUUGCAACCUACACUAUGCAAUACCCCAAUGCCCAAGCCCUCUGUCCUACAUCCCAAUGUUCUUCACCCACAACUCAGACCAAAUGACUUUUUUCCAGAGAGUGGAAAAUGUCCUGGUUGCCUUCCUACAACUUGGGUACUGUCAUCGUUUCUCUGAAGAUGCACUCAAGCUCACCUCUGAAGUUCUUCAGAGGGAUGUGUCCCUGGAAGACCUCCUGAGUCGUGCCUCCAUUUGGCUUCUGAGGCUUGACUUCGUGUUUGAGUACAGCCGACCAGUGAUGCCCAACAUGGUCUUUGUUGGAGGCAUCAACUGUGCUAAGAGGAAACCUCUCUCUCAGGUAUGUUCUUCUUCCUCCAGAUUCUACUUUUUCCCAGUGAAUGAGAUCAGGUCAUUUCUGGAAAUGUUGUUGAAUUAUUUCUCCUAUCUAUUCAGGGUUUAACACAGCCAGGUUUGGGCAGUUUUCCACAGGUUGAAACCAAAUGACCUUCUUUCAGUUCAUGAGCAUUUUCUGAAAAGUCCAACAGGAACUUCCCUUCUCAUCACAUCUGACAAAAACCCCUGAGAGCAUCUGCUCAGAGUCGUCUGGUGUUUCUCACUCUAGGCUCAGCAAAGUCAGUUAUUUGCUUUGGUUGUGUUUCCAUGACACAGGGCUCCCAAACUGGCUGGUUGUGUGAAGUUCAUUCUGUUGGUAGGUGCUGGUGGAACAGCAAUGUCCUGCUGCAAUGGGAGGUUGAUCUGAACUCGUGUGUCUGCUGAAAGGCACUUGUGUGCAAGGCUCAGCUACGUUUUCAUUCCUCUUUCCUGUCUUUGGCUUUCAACAGAAAUGUCCUGCAGGGUUUUUACAGCUCAUCCAGACCUUUACAUCUACUUUGAUACUUGCCUUGUAGUCUCUCAAGCAAUGACCAGCACUGGCAUUUGUUCCCAGGCACAGAGCAGGACACAAACCUCUUUCCCACAAAGUUACUGCCUCACUUCUGAGUUGUGCUCACACAGCACCACUGCACAGGUGCAGAACUUGAUCUUGGAGCUGAAGGGGCUUUUUCUUUCUUCUCUCAGAUUUCCUUUAGACUCUUUGACAGGCUCAUGCAGAGCUUCAUAAAGAAUACAGGCAAAUAAAGGAUCAGAUGAUAAAGCAGAAGAUUAGCAUCAUAUCAGAAGUAAGGCAUUCUCUGGUGUUUAGUCUCAUGCAAGUGGCAUUUGGCAGCUUAAGAGGUAAAUUCUUGCUGGUUUCAUGACAUGACUCUUUACUUGUAUAUCUUGAAGGCCUGGGAGCUGCUACCAGCUUGUCCUUGCCACGAGGGUGGAGCCACCCUGCCCUUCUUUUAUACCUGGUGUCUCUUGUCUUCACACUGACGUUGAUCAUUUGGUGGAAAUCUCAUGUUCCCAACCUGGAAAAGCCUUGUGUAUCCUCAGCCUGCUUUCCUAGCUCCAUUUCUCCAGAGAGAGCAGAGGGAUUUCCUCUAUUUCACUUUCAACAGUGGCCAGCAAUGAGGCAAGAGUGUAAAGAGAUGUGGAGUGAAUCCUACGGGAGAUAAGAUCUACCUCUCUGUGCAGGGUAAACUCUGGGUUGAUGGUUUCUCUUCA